AUGGCUGAGCUGCAGCUGGCUCUGCUCCCGCCUGUGGAUUCCGUGGCGGCGGCUCCCAAGCUCCCGGGAAGAUACGAUUCCAAAGUCGCAGCCCACCAGUCCCAGCUGGAACACUCAAAGGGCCCUUUUCAUCACAAACUCCUACAUGACAAAGAGGAAAGUUUAAAGGAUCUCUAUACCCCCAAAAGCCAAAGCUAUCCCUAUUCCCUGUCCGCAGAGAACGGUCAGCACAGACAGGGAGGCUUCUGUUCGGCCGGACUGCAGAGCAAGCACCUCAGCGGCCAGACCUCGACUCUGCCCUCCAAACCGGUAGCCAGAGGGCGGGAAGGGGUGGACCGCUCGUACCCACUGAAGCCCAUCUGCCACCGCAAGGCUGGCAGUGGUCCGGCGGCCGAGCCCGGGCAGCGCAGAAGCCCCCUGUGCAUGGAGGAGUCCCCAAGCAGCCAGCCCAGCUCGAAGGGCAAGGGGAAGGCGCCAGCGGGGAGGUCACAGCUCGCUGCCGUCCUCUCUCCUUGGGCAGCAGGAGCGAAGCAGUCAGUGUCCCCUCUCUACAGGAGGGAGCUGGCCUACAUCCUGAGGCUGGAGGCAGAUGGGCAGAACCUGGAAGAGGAGAUCCGGAAGAAAGAGGCCAUCCUCAAAGAGAAGCUGAGGAGAACGAAGGAAGAGCUUAGGAGGAUUCAAAGAGAGAAGGAGUUGGUGGAGGCAGAGGAGAGGAGAGCCAGGGAAGUGGAGAGGUCCCCGGAGCAAAAAGCCACCAGACACUCUGAAGAGACCCUUUUCAGGCUUGCAGCCAGGCCUGGCGAUGGGGACUUCGAUAGGGCGCAGUCCCCAGAGGUCACUAGGCUCAAGCUGGGCACCAGCCUCCGUCCCCAAGAGCUCGCUAUGGGGAAACUCAAGAAGGAACGUUUGGUGGCCAGCAAUAGCAAAAUACGGGAGCGCAAACCUGCGCAGGAUUUAGGCUCGUGCUCAGAGCCGGUCUCAAAACAGAGCCCUUCUCCCUCUGCCCUUUCCGAUCAAGAAUCUGGCGACCACCCAGCUGCGGAGCCGUCCUACACGGAGGCUCCCGGCGCUGCGGAGCAGGGGGAGCUGGGGCAGUGCAGCUUCUGCGGCCGCAGGUUUCUCUGCACCAGGCUGGAGAAGCACACGAGCAUCUGCAGCAAGAGCCAGGGCUCCAAGAGGAAGGUGUUCGACUCGAGCAAAGCGAGGGCCAGGGGCACGGAGCUGGAGCAGUAUCGGCAGUGGAAGAGCUCAGAGAGCCCUCAGGAGGAGCCCCCCAGGAGGAGCAGCUGGCGCCAGAAGCACGAGUCCUUCAUCCAGACGCUGCGCCAGGCCCGCCGCCUGCAGCACGUGCUCUCCAAGGGAGGCAAGGUGUCCGAGCUGCCCCCGCUGCCCCCCGUGCAGAACCCAGACUACGUGGCCUGUCCCUACUGCAGCCGCCGCUUUGCCCCCAAGGUGGCCGAGAGGCACGUGCCCAAGUGCAAGACCAUCAAGAACCGGCCGCCGCCGCCGCAGAGGCGGCGCUGCUGAGGCCGGGGCCGCGUGGUCCCUGCUCCCCUCCAGCUUCUCCUCCCGCCUUCCCCUGCCGGCCGCGAGGGCUCACCUGCCAUGUACUGCAAGCGGAAAAAGUUUAUUAAAGUGCGUGUG